CUUUCCCACAAGAGUGGGAGAUUUUUGUAAUACAGUAUUCACAAGAACGUGCUCCAGAGCUCAGCUGUUGUGCUCUUCAUUUAACCUCUUCAGGCAAGAAGUCAGCAGCUGCUUCAUGAUGAGCUCCAUUUCUAGACCAAUUACUGAAUUUUGCCUUGAUCUCUACAAUAAGCUCAACAGAAAUGCAGAGGACACAAACAUCAUCUUCUCUCCAAUGAGCAUCUCUGUUGCCCUGGCCCUGGUCCAUCUAGGUGCAAAAAACAACACUGCCGCUCAGAUAGAGAAAGUGCUCCAUGUCAGGAAAGCUGCGGGAAGAAUGAGCCUUAGGUCUGAGCUUGAGACUGCAGCCCCAGAAAUGGAGCCAAAACAAAGCCAGGAAAGACAGCCAUCCCCCUCACAGUGCAACAAGGACGGGGACCUUAACCACAAAGCCUUCCAGGCACUGCUUUUACAGCUACAAGACCUCGGCAAAAGCUAUGUUUUAACCCUGGCCAACAAUCUCUUUAUACAACAAGGAUUUGAACUCCAGCAGCAAUUUCUAAUGUGCACUAAGGAACUGUAUGGAGCAAUGCUGCAAACAGUGGACUUUAAGGGUGCUCUUGAAGCAGCCAGGAUAAAAAUUAACGCUUGGAUUGAAAGUGAGACACAAGGUAAAAUCAAGGAACUCUUCGCUCCUGGUGUGAUCAACGCAGACGCAAUGCUGGUGCUGGCGAAUGUGAUCUACUUCAAAGCAUCCUGGGAACACAAGUUUGAGGAAAAAAAAACAGUACAGAGAGAUUUUAAACUGAAUCAGAAUGAGAAAAAACCUGUGCAGAUGAUGUAUCAGAAAGGCAUGUUUAAAUUAGGCUACAUUGAGGAGAUGGGUGCUCAGGUCCUUGAACUCCCUUACGCUCAGAAGUCACUGAGCAUGAUCAUCCUGCUGCCAGGUGACAUGGCUGAUGGAUCUACCAGCGGGCUGGAGCAGAUUGAAAGCACAAUGACCUAUGAAAAUUUAAUGCUGUGGGCCUCUUCAGAGCACAUGUCUGAGACAAGAGUGGAGGUAUACCUCCCCCGAUUCAAGCUCGAAGGCACCUUUGACCUCAAUGAGGUAUUACAAGAAAUGGGGAUGACCGACAUCUUCACUGAAUCAAAAGCUGAUCUUUCUGCAAUGUCGUUUUCCAAAUCUCUGGUGAUGUCAAAUGUUGUCCAUAAGACGUAUGUGGAAGUCAAUGAGGAAGGCACCAUAGCAGCAGCUGGUACAGGAGCUGUCAUUGUGAGGAGAUCUCUUCCUCUCACAGAGGUGUUUAUGGCCGACCACCCUUUCUUAUUCUUUAUUAGGCACAAUCCUACCAAUACUAUUCUUUUCUUUGGCAAACUCUGCUCACCUUAGUAUUGGGGCCAUUUUCUAACAUUGUGAGAAACACCUGGAUAAAAAUUAGAAAUAGUAUUUUUUUUCCCAAUGCAUUCUUAAUCCUUUGACAGCCUGUUUGUAUUUCAAAGUAAUUACUGCAAGCAGUUUAGAUUAGAACCCAUCAAUUGGAUGCUCUGCUGCUAGGCUCCUUGAAUUGCAAAUAUUGAUCUGAAUCCAGAAUAGGAGUAAAUUUUGCCUUAACCUCACUGGAUAUGAACAAUAUUUUCUUUCCUCGAUGCCCACUUAUGCUCCCGUAUUCCUCACGGUUCCCCAGCCCAGCCAUGUAGUAGAGCACAGCACCCGCCUGCCUUCGCAAAGGUGGAAUUGGUAUGCUGCUGUCUGAGGAGAACUGUCUGCAACAAUUUUCAGUAACUGCCAGUAAAAACAGAGUAGCCCUGCUCUGUAUUUUUUGAUUCCUGGCCAGCUGGCUCCUGGUCAGCAGAGACGUGCUUUAGAGACACAUUUUCCUUACCUGCGUCCUGUAGCUGUGGCAAAUCCUUUGCACAGUGGAGACCUGGCCAUGAUAUUCCCUUUCCUGUAGCAACUGCCAAGUAGGAGACACUUAUUUGCAGCAAAUAUAACUAUUUACUGAUAACUGUACCACUUUCUCCCCAGUGAUGUGUACUGAAUUUGCCUUUGUGCUAUUCUGCAUUAUAUAAAAAGCUUAUGCUAGAUGCA